UGCUGCCAAUCAGACCCUAAAAUCUUGCAAAAUUUCAUCUCCAGUCUGGGCAACAUGGCUUACUGCUGCUCCUCCAAUUUCGCCUCUUCCUUUGCCCUUCUACGCUUGAACCGUCCCCGCCGCCGUAAAUCCAGAGUCGCCGCCAACCACGCUUCUGUAUCCCUCUCCGAUCCUUUCGUCCUCGACAUUGCCGACAAGCUCGAGGACUCAGUCUCCUCUUACCGAUCCUCGUCCUCCUCCCUCCUUCAAAAACUCCGCGACUCCUCCUCCCAAUCCCUUCUUUCCCAACGAUGGCCCUCCCCCAAAGACGAACCCUAUCGUUUCACGGACACUUCCUUCCUCAAAUCCUCCCAAAUUAUUCCCGCUUCUCAGCCGUCCAUUAUCUCCCUUUCAUUGUCCUCUUCUGCUUCCAAUAUAAUCACAAUUGUCGACGGACACGUUGUACCUUCCCUCUCCAGACUUCCAUCACUCCCCGCUAAAGCAUUUGCCGGAAGCGUCGCUGAUAUUCCUUCGGGUGCACUAUACGAAGCUGUCAUUGCAGCCGCUGGCGAGCUAUUCCACAACGGAGAUCUGUUCUGGAACUUGAACGGGUUUGGGGCCCCUGAUUUAGCGGUGGUUUAUAUUCCUGAUGGAGAACGGAUGAUUGAAGAACCCUUGCAUUUGAGGUUUUGCGUGGUUGACGCGGCGGAGGCAAGAUCAGGGAGGUUACCGCUGUCAAACCCAAGGAUUUUGGUGGUGGUGGGGAAAGGGGCUGAGUUGGCCAUUGUGGAGGAGCAUCUCGGGGUGGAGAGUGGCGAGGGGAAUAGAUAUUGGUCGAAUUCGGUGGUGGAGAUUCUGUUGGAGGAGGGGAGCAAGGUUUCGCAUUCCUACGUGCAAAAGCAGUCCCUAAAUGCAGCUCAUACCAAGUGGACCUUUGUCCGUCAGGAAAAAUGCAGCAGCUAUGAGCUUGUGGAUAUCAGUACUGGGGGAAAAUUAAGCAGGCACAAUCUUCAUGUUGAGCAACUGGGUUCUGAUACCACAACUGAACUUUCAGCAUUUUACGUAGCUCAUAGUGAUCAAAUACAAGAUCUUCAUAGUAAAUUAGUCCUGGAUCAUCCAAGAGGAUAUUCUCGUCAGCUUCAUAAGUGCGUAGUUUCUCACUCUUCGGGACAUGCUGUUUUUGAUGGAAACAUAAAGGUCAACAGAUUUGCGCAGCAAACUGAUGCUGGGCAGCUCACGAGAACUCUGCUCUUGGCGCCUCGGGCCACUGUCAAUGUAAAACCCAAUUUACAGAUUGUUGCAGAUGAUGUAAAAUGUUCGCAUGGUGCUGCCAUUAGCGACCUCGAAGAAGAUCAGCUCUUCUAUUUCCAGGCAAGAGGAAUUGACCCGAAAACAGCGAGGGAUGCUCUCCUCUUGUCUUUUGGCUCCGAGAUAUUGGCUCGCAUUCCUUCUGAACCGUACAGGAAAAUCAUAGGGGAUCAAGUAAAAGAACUGUUGACGGCAAGCUAGCGAAGAGGUUAGUUCAUACCAUUGAACUCGUAAAAUCCUAUGUUUUCGUUCUUAUCACAAUUCAAAGGAUUGAGAGUGUGUAAUUUAUUUGGCAAGAUUGGUAAAGAUCAAUUCGCAUAAUCAGAUUGCAAAUUGUGAUUUUGAUUUGGGCGGCAGCUACGGCUUGUGGUGGUAGUAGUGGUAGCUGAUGGUGUUGUUGGUGACUCUGACGGUGGUUGCAGCUGUGGCAGACUUGAUUGUUUAUGUACAC